AGUUUAGUAGUAGUACGCCUUUGGUAAUGCGAGAAUGUUGAGGUGACUGCCAGCUCACUGCCACUAUUCACUAUAAGGAUUCUUCUCUCUAAUUCAAGAGACCAAAUCCUUUUAGAAAUAUGUCGAUAACCAUUGCACUUUUGACGCGACUGUACCUUUGAAAAAUGAAUUAGAAUGCUGCAUGCAUUCGUGACAUAAACACAGAAGUGUAACAGAAAGGAACUUUUCUGGAAAUACGGGUUCCGAGCGGGAAAACACCCGAAUUUUAGCCAUGCUAGGGAAGGAAAGUGGAGAAUCUGAAAAUAAUUUCGUGAUGCAGAGAAAAACAAUCUGUUUAUUUGAGAAUAACAAAGUUAUCUGAUCAAUCUAGUGAGGCAAUGGUACCAUUCAAUGUGUUACUGAUUCUCCUGACUUGCGUCGCCUCGUCUGCUUCAGAUUUCGACUACCCAUGGGUCACAGCAGACGGUUCCUCCCCCUCCAGGAAGCUGAAUACCUCCAGCUUCAACAUAACAGCAGCCAUAGCCGAAAUGAAGAAGAAGCCAGUGCGCACGCGCGAUGGACCCACUCUCGUUUCCAGGUCCUGGAAGCGCUUCGUAGUUUCCAGGGGAGCCACCGUGACCCUCAAUUGCACCGUCCUGGAAGCUGGGGAUGUCUCGGUCUCGUGGUCCCGUAACAAGGAAGUUCUCACCAAUGGGAGAUACAGAUACACAAGUGACGACAGGAUCAGUCCGAUGCACGAGGCAGGAUCCUGCGACUACGGCCUUCGCUUCGUCAGGGUACAACCUGAGGAUUCGGCCGUGUACAAAUGUCACGUUGGCACCGAACCUGAGCAGGUGGCGGCUGUCAACCUGGUGGUCAUAGAUGCCUACUCCGUUAUUUUUGGAGCUUCGGAAGUUUCUGUGGCAGCUGGUGGUACACUGUACCUUCUCUGCAUGGUACUGCAGGUAUCAGACAUACCUGAAUACAUCUUGUGGUACAGAGAUAACACCGUUAUAGACUAUACGAAGGAAAGUAUAUCCGUGAAGACGGAGGAAGACACGAGAUCGAGCGAACUCCAGGUCCGGAACAUCAACUUCACGGACUCUGGAAACUACACCUGCCAGCCUUCCAAUGCCAUCCCUGCCAAUGUAAUCGUCCACGUCUUCAAAGAUUCCAGGAACAAGAGAGGACCCACGCAGAAGUGUGACGACUGCGUGCUCUUUCUGCAACUGGGGGCCACCUUCGCCUUCUUCACUCUCAGCUUCGUCAUCGCCUUCUGCAUCCACAGCAGGGACAACAGCCGUCCUAGGAACGACGACCCUCGGUUGUCGGAAGAAUUCUAUCUGACGCCUGAUAUGGAUUAACGGCAUGGCGUUGUUGGCCUCUUGGUCUCGCAUGGGUGGUGAAAGUCGACGCCUUGUUAACGCUGUGGUCACUGCUUUCCCAAUCGAUGAUAUUCAUUCCUUACUACUACGUACGUAACUCAUGAAAACUUGCGAUGUUAGGAAAUGGUUCUUGAUCUUACUAUGAAGGAAAUACUUGCAAGAAUUACUAAUAUUUUGUAAGGGCCUUCCCCCCCUUUUCCCCAUUAAUCCCUGUGGUGUCAGACGAGAUUUUUUUUUAUCACAAAUGCUGCUAAUUAACUGUACGAUAACUAUCACUGACGUGCCUUAAGAGGCCUUGCAGUUCUUCGCCAAAUUUUUAUAUCAAAAUGGCAAUAUGUUUUGUUAUGUCUAUUACUUUUUCUUGCCACAAACACCUUUUGAUACCACAAGGCGUACAUGAGACAAAAAUAUGUAAUAUAUAUACUGUGUUUCCCUUCCUUUUCUUCCAGAUCUCUGGAUCUUCCCACACUACUCUUCACGUUAAACAAUAACAGAAACUAUCUUGGCCUCUCAUGCCACACAGUGACCCACUGCAUCUUGUACCAGACUCCCAAGGUCCGUUAAGAGUUCUUAAACUUCUAUUUGUGAGGAUGGGGUUGCUAGCUUAUGCACGCGCUUCCCAAGAUGGUCAGUCACUUAAAAGACAAACUGGGUCUUUCACGAAAUGCUGGUUACCAGUCCAAGUACUGACCAGCCCUAAAGUUGCCUAAUAUGCUUGAUAAAUGAAUGAAGAUUAAAUUACCCGUAGAUUUCAUUUACGACUGGGAAUACGCAUGAAAAUGUUUUCAAGCGGCAAAUAACUUUGACAGAAGAUUGUAGGAAAGAGAGAGAGAGGAAAAAAAAAAAAAGUUUCGUUUUUACUAAGUAAUGACUGUUAGUCAAUAUUCCAUGAACGUUUGAUUUAUUAGUUAUUAAAUGCCUAAGCAGUGUUGUUAAGAUGACGAAAAAUAUUCCGAGAAAUCCUGUGAUCCUUCGUGACCAAUUCUCUCUCUAUCUCAGUCAAAGACUGUAUAACUCGAUGAUUUAUUGAUGACUGUGAUCAAUCAAGUGAUGUAAAGUAGUAAUACAAUAAAUCAUAUAAACGUCCAA